AGUUGUAAAAUUUGACCAAGUAUGUGAGAAAUAGAUCUGGUUAAUGCUCUGCUUGUUUUUGAGCCAUUCUUCUACUACCGACUGUGUUAAACAAGAUUGUUUUAUUCAUAAUUAUUUUAUCAUAUAUCACCAAUAGUUUCACUCGUAUUUGGAUCAACUUGGACUAUUUUUUAGUCCAUGGUUUAUGAUUAUUUUAAGGUACAAAUUUGCAAAAGCCAAGAUGCCUUCAUCUAAAUUAUUGGCUAUGAUUCGUGUUGUACACACUAUUUGAUACUUGUUUUUUUUUUCUUCUUCUUCUUCACAAUCAGAAUAUAUAUAACCCCAAAUGAAUGUAUCGUUUUCCCAGUCCUCACAGAAAAAUUAAAUGAUGGCCCAUGUCCUGAAAUAUUCUCCCUUCGGUAAGACAAAUCUUCUACCCAAAAAACAGUACAUCACUUCCACAAUUCGACUCCUCCCACUUGCACUUACCAUAACACUUCUUUGCCUACUCUCUCCUCACUUGUUCAGUUUUCUCUCUUCUUCAUCAUCAUCAUCACUUCCAUGGCUCAAGUCUCACAUGUUUAGCUUUAGUUUUCACAAGUGCAGCAUUUUUCGAGGCAAUUGGGUUUAUGAUCCUUACAAGAGGCCUUUCUAUACUAACUUCACUUGUCCUGAGAUCUAUGAUCAGCAGAAUUGUAUGAAGUUUGGAAGACCAGAUUCUGAGUUCUUGAAAUGGAGUUGGAAACCAGCAGGUUCUACUUGUGAUGAUCUUCCUACUUUUGAUGCUGCUCAGUUCUUGGAGCUUGUUAAAGGCAAGUCAAUUGCCUUUGUUGGAGACUCAGUGGCCAGAAACCAAAUGCAGUCAUUGUUGUGCCUCUUAGCCACAGUGGAAUAUCCAAAAAAUGUGUCUUCUAAGACACAUGCAAAGGUCAGACGUUGGCUCUACCCCAGCUAUAACUUCACGUUAGCGUCGUUUUGGUCACCUUAUUUGGUCAAAGCCAAAGAAGCUGACACAAAAGGCACAGUACACAAACGGCUCAUGGACCUUUAUUUGGACCAAGUUGAUAAUGCAUGGACAGUUCACAUGGAGUCAUUUGACUACGUUAUCAUCUCAGCCGCACGAUGGUUCUUUGGUCCCGAAAUAUACCACGAGAAAGGUCGUGUCGUUGGGUGCAAUUAUUGCCUUAAAAAUGACAUAAAAAACCUCACAAUGGCCUAUGGCUACAAAGGGGCCUUUAGGACAGCCUUCAAGGCUCUUUUGGGGCUUGAAAAUUUCAAGGGAGAGGUAAUUCUGAGGACCCUUUCACCUGCUCAUUUUGAGAAUGGUGAGUGGAAUGAAGGUGGGGAGUGUAGUAGAACAGAACCGGUUUUGAGGUCAGAGAUGAAGCUGAGUUGGUUUGAGAAGGAACUGUAUUCGGGUCAGAUUGAGGAGCUGAGAGCAGUGGAAAGAGAAGGUAGAAAAAAGGGUGUGAAGUUUAGGGUUAUGGAUAUAACUGAAGCCAUGGUUGCAAGGCCUGAUGGGCAUCCAAACCAUUUUGGGCACUGGCCACAUGAGAAUGUUACCAUUGCUGAUUGUGUUCAUUGGUGUUUGCCUGGACCCAUUGAUACUUGGAAUGAGUUUUUGUUUCAAAUGUUAAAAACAUGACUGAAAUUGAUAAUAUAAAUUAUUUGAAUUUUUUGAAAA